AUGUUUCACGGCUUCCAGAGCAGGCACCAGGACUUUUCCUUAGGGCCCUGGAAGCUGACGGUGUCCAACACCCACAUCAUGAAGUCUGCGGAUGUGGAGACGUUAGCUGAUGAAUUGCAUAUGCCAUCCCUCCCUGAAAUGAUGUCUGGAGACAACGUUCGAAGGAUCCAGCAUGGCUCUGGCUUUGGAAUUGAGUUCAAUGCUACAGAUGCACUCAAAUGUGUAAACAACGACCAAGGAAUGCUUAAAGUCGCCUGUGCUGAAGAAUGGCAGGAAAGUAGGACAGAGGGUGAACACUCCAAAGAAGUUAUUAAACCAAAUGAUUGGACCUAUACAGCAGAUUAUAAAGGAAUGUUACUUGGAGAAUCUCUUAAGUUAAAGGUUGUAUCUACAACAGAUCAUAUAGGUACAGAGAAAUUGAAAGCCAGAGAACAGAUUAAAUUUUUUGAAGAAGUUCUCCUGUUUGAAGAUGGAUUACAUGAUCGUGGAGUUUCUAGUCUAAGUGUGAAAAUUAGAGUAAUGCCUUCCAGCUUUUUUUCUGCUAUUGCGGUUUUUCUUGAGAAUUCAUGGGGUGCUUAUCAGAAUGAAUGACACAAGGCUUUACCAUGAGGCUGACAAGACCUACAUGUUAUGAGAAUAUACAUCACGAGAGAGCAAAAUUGCUAAUUUAAUGCAUGUUCCACCGUCCCUCUUCACGGAACCUAACAAAGUAUCACAGUAUUUACCAAUCAAAGAGGCAGUUUGUGAGAAGCUAGUAUUUCCAGAAAGGAUUGAUCCUAACCCUGCAGACUCACAAAGUACACACUUGGAAUAGAAUGUGACACAGCAUACUCUCCAUGUGGAACCUGACAGACACCUUGGCUAUCUGUAGGGAUAGUUUUAUUAUGAGAAUUAAUUUCCUUGCUUAUGCUCAGAUUUUCUGUAGCCUUGAAGGUAAAUAAAAGAUCGUUGCAGGCAGCUUCUACUCAACUUCCAUUUAUACUGUCUGUCUUCAAAUUCCUACUGGAGAUAUAUGCUCUGGAGCUAAAUUUGGAUUCCUAAAUUAUCACAGAUUGUAACCUCAGCAGCAAUGAUGUGUAUGUCUCAGGAGGGAACAUGAUCUGCAUCCAUCCUGAAGCAUUGUUUUCUCCUGUGAAGAGACUGAAUUGUAAAUUCCAUCACUGAAUCCCGAUGCCUGUGACUUUGAUAAGAUUCUGACUGCAUGUUGAUGUACUGUAUUGGCUCUUGGCUUUGGGCUUUCUGGUGUUUAUUCGCACUUCUGGAGAGUUGUGGCGUGUCACCUAGGAAAUUAUUCAUUAAUUUGAGUU